CCCCUCGCCAUCGCCAUUUCCAUGCCCAUCGUGACGGUGAUCUACAUUCUGACAAACGUGGCCUAUUACACCAUCCUCCCCAUCAACGCCAUCCUGGACAGCGACGCCGUGGCUGUGACGUUCGCAGACCAGGUGUUUGGCGUGAUGAACUGGACCAUCCCUCUGGCCGUGGCUCUGUCCUGCUUCGGCGGGCUCAACGCCUCCAUCGUUGCGGCCUCCAGGCUGUUCUUCGUGGGAUCCAGGGAGGGUCACCUGCCCGACUUCCUGUGCAUGAUCCACAUCAGCCGCUACACUCCCAUCCCUGCGCUGCUCUUCAACGGCUUCAUGGCUCUCAUUUAUCUGUGCGUGGAGGACGUCUUCAGGCUCAUCAACUACUACAGCUUCAGCUACUGGUUCUUCGUCGGUCUGUCCAUUCUGGGACAGCUUUACCUGCGCUGGAAGGAGCCAGACAGAGUCCGACCUCUGAAGCUCAGUCUGGUCUACCCCAUCAUCUUCUGCAUCCUCACCGUCUUCCUGGUGGUGGUGCCUCUCUACAGCGACACCAUCAACUCCCUGAUCGGGAUCGUCAUCGCCCUGUCAGGAGUGCCCGUUUACUUCCUCUGCUGCUACAUUCCGGCCUAUAAGAGGCCGAUGUGGCUGCGAAAGUUUAUUGCUAAAAGUGGCGUCCUCAUCCAGAAGGUGUGCUUCUCAGUCCUGACAGAGAUGGACGUGAAGUCAGACUAGUUUGAUCUCAACAUCCUGCCGGAAGAGGCUCAUUCAUUCGUGACUCAGCCGUCUGAAGGCCUCUUUGGGACCGACAUGGACUGAGCUGGACCUGGAUCCACCCAGUAACCGUGGACGCGCAGACAAUCGGCUUUGGGGAUUUUAACAUUUCACCAACACUCCUGAAGGAGACGCCUUUCUCUGUGGACUUGUGCCUGUUCAUAUAGAAUUAUUUAAUUGAGAUUUAAAGUAUUUUUUGUGAAACCGACAUGAAAAACCCUGAAGCACUGCUGACCGGCCUUGAAAUUGCCUAUUCUAUUCUAUUUGUUUGCACAAAGCGAUAAAAGACUUUAGAUUCAAAUAUCACGUCCACUCGUUUGUACAAGAGUUUGUAAAAUGUUUUUUACUGGGAUCUGUUUGAUCUGGUGAAGUAAAGGGCUAUUUUCACAAAUAAAAAGAAUUCUUUUGUUG